AUGACUGCAACAACACGUAGUGAGGAACAAUCAGUACGGGAGGGGAAGGACAAGUCAGCAGUUCAGGGGAAGUGCAGGAUAUUCAGGUGUAGAAUAGUGGUGUUCAGGGCAUUCAGUGAGGAUUCGCUGGUGGUCACCCACCCAACUACUAACUCACCGGCGUGUGGCUUAAGUACGGCUGAGCGGACGGGAAGCCCUGUUUUCCACACCCUAUGGUCGUAUGUGUCAGGGUGUAUAUGA